AUGUCUGACCGCUUUGUGUCGGCAGGCAAGAUUGGCUCAUCUGGAGAAAUAUCUAAGGAUCUCAACAGUACAGAGCCAAGCGCUGGCCAGCCCCUGCACAGUUCUUCGAAAUCAAAGGAAUGGGAGGCUGUUCAGCAGCAGCUAGAAGCAGAGAGGAAGAGACGGGAAGAACAGCGCGUCAAGGCCGCGACAGGAGAAGGCGAAAGGACACUUUAUGACGUUCUGCAAGCAAACAAAGCGGCGAAGCAAGCUGAAUUUGAAGAACAGAGCAAGAUACGCAAUCAGUUCCGCGCAUUAGACGAUGAUGAGAUAGAGUUCCUGGAUGAGAUACGCGCCAACAAGCGCGCAGAAGAGGAACGCGUAAAACGUGAGACAGAGGAAGGUCUUAAAGCGUUUCGAGAGCGACAAAGGGGCGAUACUGUUCAAGACGAAGCGACUGAUGCCCAAGAAGGAGGCGAGUCGUGGGAAAUUGGCCGUAAGAGGAAGCGCAACAAAGAAAAAGAUGGCAAAGGCUUCAGACGCAAAGUGGGCAGCGUGGAGGAGACUGACAAAAAGGAUGGAAAGCCAGUUGAGGAUAUAAGUCAAAAAGUAGAAGAGGAUAAGCCUCAGGUCGCAACUCAACCAGCUGCUAAACCACCUGAGAAGAAGGGGUUGGCGUUGGUUGGCUAUGGAAGCGACUCGGACGACGACGAUUGA